UGUUAAUAUAACUUGUUAAGAAAUAAUUUAAAUAGUCCACCACAUAACGCUUCGAAUUACACAGUAAUUCAGUGCUUACCUGCUUGGAUACUGAUUUAUAUAUAAUUGGCAAAAUGGUCGAGUAUACAAUGAUACUAGUUCUUGUUCUAAGUCUUCUGACAUGGAUCUCAACAAAUAAUUACUACAAUUACACGUAUUCAAAACCUCAGGAUUGUCAAGAUGUUCAAAAUUACGGGCACAGUGAAAAUGGUGUUUACACAAUAUACCCGGAAGGAACUUUGGGAUUUCCCGUCAGGUGUGAUUUUAAUGAUUCUACUUCCGGUGCAUGGACUGUGAUACAACGUCGCGUUUCAGCUAGUGACUUCUACAAAAGCUGGAAUGAAUAUCAGGUUGGAUUUGGAGAUCUUAGCGACAAUUUCUGGCUUGGAAAUCAACAAAUUCAUAUGAUUACAAGGCAAGGCUGGUAUGAGCUACGCAUUGAUAUUGUAUCUCCUGAAAAUGAAGUGGCACAUGCGUUAUAUAAUGUGUUCUAUGUCGGUGAUGCGAAGUCACGAUAUGAACUGCUUGUUGAUGGAUAUAGUGGAACUGCCGGGGAUAGUUUGGGGACACAUAAUGGACAUAAAUUUACUACUAAAGAUAAAGAUAAUGACAUACACGAAGGGAACUGUGCAGUGGAUUUUAAAGGUGGGUGGUGGUAUGAAAAAUGUCAUUUUUCAAAUCUUAAUGGUGACUAUGGUAACACUCAAUAUGCGAAAGGUUUGUCCUGGUAUCAUUGGAAAGGAUAUUACGUUUCAAUGAAAACAACAGAAAUGAAGAUCCGGCGAUGGCAGUCUCCGGAUAUGGGCUAUUAAUUUCUAGUAUGGAACUAACACUUAGAGCUACAUCUGUGUAUGAUAACAUUUCAAGCAAACUUGAUAUCUUGAGAAGGGCUGUUCCAAAUUCAAGAUCCAGACCUACCAAAUUGUUCAGUAUUUGGUCUUCUAUAGGUUGUAAAGUGAUAAUCAUAUAAUUAACGCAAAUUGGGGGUAUGAACGUCUGACGAUAAAAUGAAAUUAUUCAAUAAAUAGGAAUAGAUUAUGUAUUAAUACCCUUUUGAGUACAACCCUCUGUGGAAAAAUUCAUUCAGCGGAGUUCAGAAAAUAGUUCAGUAGAUGAAGUGUCAAAAUCUUUGUCUAGAAUAAGUCUUGCGGCCCAGCUCUCUUUUGGAACUUAAUAUGUUAAUCUUCCAAGAAAUAUGUACAUGUGCAGUUACCAUAAAUUAUUCAAUAAUAGUUAAAACAAUAGUAAAGAUGUGGUAAAAUAUAUGCAUUGUAAAAUAGUAUACGUACAGGUAUAGAAAAUAUGAAUAUUCUAAUGUAACAAAGAGGUUCAUUUUCUAAUAACAUUAUCAAAUGGCUUUGCCAAGUCAAGGUUUUAUUAAUUGUAUAAUACCCAAUAAUGUUUCUUCAGAGCUUCAAACAAUUUGCUCAGUAUACAGUAUACACCAUUUUAUUAUAAGAUAGGUCUAAUUAAAUUAUGUUCAGUUAAAUGCACGAG